AUGGAUCACUUCAACAUCAAGAGCCGCCACAACAUCAGGCGGCAUAUCAUCACACGGCUGUCAACCCGGGAGCUGGAUCUGGCCACCAUCACCUCGCACAAGAUCCCCGUGCUGCUACUCCACGAUCUGUCGCCUCGGGAGACUGUUCAUCAUGGCAGAGUCAAAAGCUUCGAUGGACCCAUGGGAGGUUAUUCUGAGCGUCCUCGCCACGAAGAAUCCGAGCCCGUGUUAUCGUCAGGCUUUGCAACCCAGCCUCCGCAACCGGUUUACGACGAUUACAACCUUUUUUUGGAUGAGAUCGCUGGCUCUGCAUGUCUUUUGCCCCCGCAUUUUGAGUCCGAUCAACAGUUUAGUAUGUGGGCAAGGACGCCCGGACAACUGAAUCCGAGAGGCAACUCUCGGCCUUCGUCACAGCUCCCUUCUCGCUUCGGUUCUCUCGCCCCUGAUAUCCGAGAACCGAUUGAUACAGGGCAGCGGUUGCAUGAAGACUCGUUAAGAACAAAUCUACUCCGAAUUUCGGUCACAGAUUAUAAUAUAAUGAAGAGUCAUCUCGACGAGUUUUCAGCUGUUUUGCCAAAUGAUUUCAUCUUUCCGUCUCGUCACACAAUGUCACGAUUUUUCGAGGGCUACAUCGGCGGAAUCCACGACCACUUACCAUUCCUGCAUUUACCUACCCUGGUUCCUGUCGACAUGGCUCCGGAGUUGCUUCUGGCAAUACUGGCAGUAGGUGCUCAGUACAGAUUCGAGAACAAUAGGGGUUAUGCGUUAUGGUAUGCGGCUAAAACCGUUGCAAUGGAACAAAUUAGGAGGAGACACAGCUCCGAAGUACAUGCCUUGCUGCCAACAGCCGCAUCCUAUAGCCCGCACUCAACAAGACCGUCCCCUAGCAUAAGCUAUAGGCACUCGUUUGCAUCGGCCCAAUCCGAACGAACCGUCACACAUGAUACCCAUCGCGAGCCAUACUCUCCCAAUACGCCAGGAGCCAGACUCGAAACCAUCCAGGCAGUACUCCUCCUGUUUGCCGUUGGCCUGUGGGGGGCCAAAACAAUUCUUCAAGAAGCUUUGUCUUUGCAGAGCAAUUUGGCAAUUCUUAUCCGCGAGGAAAGUCUGAACGUAGAGACCAGCCCAUCGUCUCUCAAUGAAUGGGACACGUGGAUACGACUAGAAGGUGCCAAUCGAACAAAACUAAUCGCCUUUUGUUUCUUCAACCUAUGUAGCACGGCAUAUGAUAUACCGCCACUACUUCUUACCGCUGAGCUUAAUUUGUACAUGCCAGCACGAUCAAGACUUUGGAGAGCUGAAUCUGCUUGGCAAUGGCAAGAACUGCGGCAGACUACUCCUGUGGCUGAUAUCACGACGUCGUUUGCCGCUGGCUCGUCAUACGAUGUUCAACGAACAUUGAAACCGGAGGAUGUUGAGGAGGUAUCGCAGGCACUGCGAGUGUGGCAGACUAGCUUCGGACAUCGUCACCAGAUUCGGGCCGCAGAGUCUGGACUUUCAAUGAACACUGACCCGAGCUCCGGGGGGUCGCUUGCGUUCAACGCCACUGCUCUUCUACGGCUGGCGUAUAUCCGCUUACAUACGGACAUCCCUCCAAGCCGUGCUCUUGAAACAAGAGACUCGAUGGCGAUCGCAUCGGCGCUAAAUAGUACGCCUUUGUUACAUCGCAGCUUAAGACUACACCGAGCGGUGUUUGAGGCGGUUCAUGUCCUGUCUAUGCUUGUCAAGGCUGGUGUCAAUUACGUUGCAAGAGCAAAGUCUGCUGAAUGGAGCAUACAACACGCACUCUGCAACUUCGAAUGUGCGAUUUUACUAGCUAAAUGGCUUGUCACGCUAUCUGCAAUCACACCAUCAGAUCCAGCACCAUCACCAGAAGAGAGGAAUCUCUUGCAAAACAUUCGACUAAUGGGCGCAAGCCUAGCUAGUUAUGCUGAUCUUGUGGACAAACCGCGAGAACGUAACCCCUCUAUGGCUAGGAUGGCGCCUGAAGCUGGCAUAACUUAA